AUGGCGGCUACACGACGAACAGUAGCUCUAUUGAGCUCUAUUGUUCCGCGCGCAGCACGAAUUACACCACCAGCUUCUCAAGUCGCAGCACAUGUACGGGCAAAGAGCACAAAUUCGACGUCAGCAAUUGCGUACAAAGCCCUUCAUCGGCGAUCUCCUCUACCUCUGCCUGUUGUUGAGAGUCCGUCAGGUUCGUACGGUGCGGCGGCCGCAGUUUCGAGUAUUCUCUAUGAGACACCUGCAGCCUCUUCAGCUCCAGCCAAGAAACACAUUUUGAACUGUCUGGUGCAGAAUGAGCCUGGUGUUCUUUCUCGCAUAUCUGGUAUCUUAGCCGCUAGAGGGUUCAACAUUGACAGCUUGGUUGUGUGCAAUACUGAAGUUGAGGAUCUUUCCCGCAUGACAAUUGUCCUACAAGGCCUUGACGGAGUCGUUGAACAAGCAAGACGGCAACUAGAAGACUUGGUCCCUGUCUGGGCCGUGCUCGAUUACACCAACGCUGCGCUUGUUCAGCGUGAGCUACUCCUUGCGAAAGUCUCCAUAUUAGGUCCCGAGGUCUACGAAGAGCUUAUGGAGCACCAUCGGGAGAUGACAACACCCAACGACUCUUCUUCAGCCAUGGAAGAUAUUGAUGCAGAUCGUGAUCCAGAGAGAAGUGCUGAGCAAAGAUUACAAGAGCUUGAGGCAGGCAACACAGAACAGAAAGACCAAGGCAUGAUUGAGAAGGCACGCCAAAUGUUGGGCGCUGCUGAGAGCUAUCACCCGAAUCGCCUUGCCGCGUCGCAAGCGCUCAGACAUAAACAUGAACAUCUCGAGGCGAUCACGCAUUUGACGCAUCAGUUUGGCGGGAAAGUACUCGACAUCUCAACUAACAAUUGCAUCGUGGAAGUAUCUGCAAAGCCAUCGCGUAUUGACUCCUUCAUGAAGCUGAUUGCACCGUUCGGUAUUCUGGAAUCAGCUCGAACAGGUCUAAUGGCAUUGCCGAGAUCGCCGUUGUACGGGCCUAACGAAGAGCUCGAGAGAGAUGCGGGUGAUCUGGUUGAUGCAAGUACCUUGCCUCCUGGUUAA